AUGGCCCUCCAUACCAAUACUAUAGCUGGACGGCCUGCGGAAAUAGAAGAGGGCACCGCCAUCAUUGCCCUCUACACAUCCAUCCCGGACCAGGCCAAGCGUUUGGCGGCACUGAAACAACUGGUGCUGCACUUAGGCAUCAAUGAGCAUCUUGCUCUAAUAGGCUUCAUCUCCGAGCGCCAUGAUAUCGCCCAUCAACUGCCGACCGAACUGUUCCAAGGCAUCUUCGAUUAUUUACCUUUGUUCAGUGCCUGGAGACUGCAGCUCGUGUCUCGGCGGUGGCGCACAGUGCUGAGUUCUGCGGACUUCUUGCUUGCUAGGCUUGGACAGGAAGGUCGACUGCCUCGUUUGCUGCCAGGUCUGGGCGAGCAGACAGCAGACAUGACCUUACGUCGAGCAGUUCGCAACAUGCAGGCUCAGCGUCUCGGUCGGCCAUUCUACUCCACCAGCUUCUCCGUGCCGCUGAAUGCUUCAGUCCGAUGGGCUCACGAGCACAUGGUACCGUGGAUCGCAUUAGAUAACCAUACUAUUGCUUAUAUCGUCAAGCAAGGUGGGCGACAUAGCGAAGUGAUUACACGCAACCUCCUCACAGGAUCGCAGCGAGCGUACUGCGGUAUAGCACGAGAGAACAUCUUGACACUUGCCAUGACUGGCGAGAUUCUUGCCUUCAUCACAUCUGACGGAGCGCUCUAUGUGGCUUCAUCUCGAGCUGCUGAGUCACAGUUAGAACGUUCACGUCUCCCUUCAGCUCAUAUAUACAACAUAGCGGCCAACGAGAAGACGGUGACAGUCCUCAUGCCUGGGAAUGAACCUCAUCAUAGCAUGCUUGCGGUGUACUCUGCUGUCACGCGGUCACUGCACGAAUACCAGUUCCAAAAUUACAGCAUCACCACAGACAAAGUAUUCAGGAGGUUAGUGCCCCGCGUGCUCCUCCUGUCUGCAGCACACUACCACAUCGAUGUUUUCAGCAGCGAUUGCAUACUCACCAACUCUGUCGACCGUCCUCAACGAGACUAUCAAACAACAAUCUCUCAUCAGCGAUUCAGUCUCGAGUCUGAUCCGGCUGGACGAUGUCUCGAUGCAGUCCAGUCAUCGUUGGUCGAGAUCACUUGCCGUAGAGACUGCACAAUCAGCCGCUUAUUAUAUACUGGAAACGGAAGUGAGUAUCGCGUCCAUCUGAACCUCCGUAAGGUAAUUUCGGGACCACCGCAACCGUGGACUGAUGAGCACGCGCAUCACGAAUAUUUGAUCAUGUUUGAUAGCAAUAGGGGUGAGCUACUCAUGGAACAUCACCGGCUACCGUCACCACUAGAAAUACCGGGAUGGCUUCUUUGUUGGAAAGAUGUGAUGUACAGCAGCUACGCUGAUGACCAUGGUCGCGGUGAGGGUAUUUGUGUCUCGACAACAUCUCAUCGAUCUCGUGAGCUCAAGGCGCCUCGCUCCGCGUCAGUGCCACAAUCCUCUCGAGAUGUCAUGCACACAGCCAUCGGACCCCCGAAUCGAUCACAAUACCAAAGCCGUAUCGACUGGGCGAGUCCUUUCAGAUGCUCCCGUACAAUGCUAGGCCUGACCAACGGGACCUUCCUAGUCACAGUAUCUGCGCGAGAACGGGAUAUCGUUGGAGAUCAUCUUAUCGUCAUCCUCGGCUUUGAUGAGGAUGCGCCACUGGCGCACAACCACGCCACGAAGUUUUGGAACAAUGGAAUUCGCGCACCCAGCAUUUAUGCGGACAGGUUUAUGCCACAUCACUGGCACUUUCGGCCCAAGGACUGCGAAGCCCUGCCGUGCGGCAUAGGAGUGGAGACAUUACGUCGGCCUCUGCUGCCUUAUGAGAUGGGCGAGGAGGAGGAGGAGGAGGAGGAGGAGGAGGAGGCAGCGAGUGAUCAUUUGGUGGAGAACAAUGAGUCAGAAAGUGACUAG